AUGGGCGAGUUCCGAGUCUGCGUGCGGUGGUGCGGGGACCGACACGAGCUGUCGCUCUCGACGCGCUCGACCGUGCUGGACCUCAAAAAGCUCCUCGCGGACAAGACGGGCGUGCCAUGUCACAGGCAGCGACUCGUCGGCCUGCUCGGUCCGCUGGGCGUUGCGCCGUCUUCGAUCGGCGACGAGACGAAGCUGUCCGAGGUGAGGAUCGGGUCCGGAGACACGAUCAUGAUGAUCGGCUCCAGCGAGCCGCCGGCCAAAAUGCCAAAGUGCGCUUCGGCCGGGCAGACGACUCAAGAACGCGCGUCGCCGAAGGAGAGAGACGCGCCCGGCGCCCUCGAGGAGAACUAUCGAAAAAUCGAGUCGAGAAUAAGAACCUACCGGUUCGAGCAGCUGGCGGAGCCGAGAAAGGGAAAGAAACUCCUGGUCUUAGACAUCGACUACACGCUGUUCGAAUGCAGGUCGUGUGUGGGGAAUGCGUCAGAGUCCACGAGGCCGCAUUUGCACGAGUUUCUGGCCGCCGUUUACCGCCACUACGACAUCUUCAUAUGGUCGGCGACGUCGCUGUACGUGCGGGGCCGGGCGCGC